GCAGUCGCGACGAACCAACGCGUCGAACGCACGUAUUUCUCCCGCCAAAAAAAAACAUCGAUUUUUAAACGUGUUGUGGUGACUUGUGUGUGUUGUGUAGUGACCCCUUUCGAAAUUCAAAUUGUGACGUGCGAUAGUGUUGUGACAAAUUUUUUUUUCGCAACCGGCGGCGUCUGUUCACGUGGAUGGAUGAUUUUUACAUCUAAUAGAAAUUCCGUCAAUAUGAUAUGAAAAUCAACAAUAUGAAUACGGUAAACUUUGCGGCAGCUUCGGAGCGCAGAGCUUCGUGUAUUUGAUUCGCGAGAGGACAGUGUGAGCAGACUAUGCCGGGUGUGAAGUAGCAAUGUCUGUUGCAUUUUUGUUCGGUGCGUUUGGAGCCCUGGCGCUGGUCACGCGCACGGGCUGCACAGAUAACACGAACAGCCUUGGAGCAGACGGAGUACCAGAAAUAGAUUAUUCGGAUGUGGACCUAGGCUUGACGCAGAGAGGGCCUCAUUUCGAUGUGGCGUACUCCAAGAAUGUGACAGCCCUUGUGGGCAAGACCGCACAGCUGAACUGCAGGGUUCAUGACCUUGGUAACAGAACUGUGUCAUGGAUCAGACACCGUGACAUACACCUGCUGACGUCAGGUCGUAUGACGUAUACCUCCGACCAGAGGUUCAUAAGCGUCCACAACCCUCACACUGAGGAUUGGAUUUUAAAGAUAAGAUUCCCACAGCGCCGGGACUCAGGCGUAUACGAGUGCCAGGUUGGCACCACGCCUCCGAUUGGCCAUCGAAUGUUCCUCUCUGUCGUCGAGCCGCUGACGACAAUCCUGGGUGGGCCCGAGUUGUUCAUCAACACGGGUAGCACCAUCAACCUGACGUGUGUGGUUCAGCAUUCACCUGAACCACCGCCGACCAUACGCUGGACACACAAUGAUGAGGAGAUUAACUACGACUCCCCCAGAGGGGGCGUGUCAGUGAUUACGGAGAAGGGGGAGACUACCACCUCCCACCUUCUGGUCCAGCGGGCUAGGGCGCCGGACUCCGGCCGAUAUACCUGCGGCCCGGUCAACGCAAAUCCCAAGUCUGUUCUCGUCCAUGUACUGAGUGGUGAGCACCCAGCAGCUAUGCAGCACGGUGGUCAGCUGCGUCUCCAAUAUCCACUCUCCUCAGCCCUCCUCAGCCUCAUCGUGACCCUGAUGGGGUGCUAGUAACAACUAGAUGUUUUCUAUUGGCGUUAAGUAUAUGCUAUUGAAGGUAUCUUGUUCUUUUUACAAAGGAUUUAUUAUUUCAUCGAGUGUGUUAAAAUUAAAUUAAUUAUUCAUAGUUUUACUAAUAUUUUGUGACAAUUCUGACUGUAUUAACGCUGGCGACAGUUUCGCCUUUAGCAAAGCCAUAGAAUAACUAUAUGGAUCUUUUUGAUAGAUCUAGCUCUUAUAUUGUUAACACUGGUGUCAAAUUGUAUUCAAGCCGCCUAAAAGACAGCGAUGGCUUUAGCGAUCCUGUGAGCGAUCACUGGCACAAUCUGAUGUCAAAAUGUGACGAUCGCCUUAAAGGCUGUGAGCGGCUUAUCAGCGCCCCCUAACAACCGGCGUCCGGGUGCACUGAACCACCUGCACUAUAGAGAAAGACGUCCCUGCUAAAGGCAUAUUUGACAUUUGGAUCCUUAUGAGGAAUUUUAACAUUUCGGUUUUUACCUUAUGCUCCUAUUUUUUGUGAAAUACACAUAUAAUUAUUAAUUAUUACUGUAAAUAUUUCAAAAUGUUUGCGAAAAGCAUCGUAAAAAGGCUUUGAUAUCUUCAACAGUGUAUCAAAAUUUGGUAAUUAUAAAAUAAUGAAAAGUCGAUUUACGGACUUAAAAUUCGUUUUGUAUUGAAAUAUAUAAUAUUUAUCGGAAAACAACGCGAUUUUGUCUUGCAAACAUUUAAAGUGAAAAUUUAAGUUUUAGUCGUAUGAUUUCCAAAAAAUAGUUUAGAUGUACACAAUAGAUACAUUAAGAAAUAGUGGAGAAGAAAGUGAAUAUGAAAGUUGAAGAAGUCCGCAAAACGCACACUAAGUAAAGUUAGAUUUUUUUGUACGUAAAAUUAAACUACGUACAUACGUAAAAUUAAUUACGUUAAUUUAAAUAAGUAUGCCAUUUCACAGGUAAAGGGACCUUAUAGUCUAUUUAUAAUUAUUUUUUUUAUUUCUGUUAACUGUGUACUUACUCAAAAACUAUUCUGAUCCAAAAAAAACACCAACAAAAAAAACCGUCUAUAAGGUAGACAUGGAUAGACGUCACUUAUUGUGUAGAAUAAAAACUAUAAUCAAAACUGGCGAUUCCAUUCAAAAAAAGUUUAAAAUAUAAUUAAAUGUGUCGAUUAUUAUAUUCGUUAUAUUUGUAAGACAAUCGCAUUGCUUUCAGCUCGUUCAUUAAUGUUAUUGAAUCAUGAUUAGAAAUAAGUUUUAUUUUGUGUUUCGAUAUGUUUUUGGUCCAAAAAUAAGUGUACGAUGUCCUGGCUAACUGUGUUUUUGCUAUGAUACAACUAUAAAAUUUGAAAGAAUACAAAAACAAUCUCCUUAAUCUAAAAACACAUUAUUUUUUCGAAAUGUUAAUUUUAUAAAACAUAGUAAAAUGUUCUAUAGCUUUUUGCAAAAAACUCUCUCUAUCUCUCUCGUCCUUUUGCUGGACGAAUAAAAUAUUCUUUCAAGAUUCGGCUCUGCUAUUAAGACCGGCCGCGUGCCUGACGUCGACCCUCUUUGCGAAUGCUGUUACUGUCAACUGUCAAGGCUUUAUAUUUUUAAUCAUCUUCCACGACAUUUACCGAAGGCUUAGCAAUAUUUUGCCUAUAUCAGGCGACAAUCUCCAAUAUUCUUCUGUUUUACUCGUUUUAUUAUCAAAUUGUUUGUCAAUCAAUUUUUUUAUAUGCUUCAAUUCUAGGGCGGGAAUCACACACAGCUUUUGGUGACACGUAGUUAUUUACAAAUUAAUCCCAUUCAUAUAACGGAAACAGUGUAAAAUUACAUCGCGAUCUGUCGCAAAAUGUUUUUGACACAUAUUGGCGUUAUGUUGAGAUGUGGUGUCAUAAAUUUUAUCCCAACGGUCACCAUGUCAACUAGUAGUAAUUAUUCAAUUUCAUGACACUACAAUAUCGAAUUUUAUGAGUCAGAGAUAUGUUAUGCAGUUAUACUGCAUAAUAUUAUAAAACAAAGUCGCUUCCCGCUGUCUGCUUAGAUACUGAAAACUACAUAACAAACACUAGUUAAGCAAGUUGGAAAAAAUACACGAAAAAUGUAAGAAUUUUUCGACUAUUGCGAAGUUGGUGCCUAUAUCCAGCCGUUUGAAAACCAUUAGCUUUUUUCUGGAUGAGAGGGGAUCCACUAGAAACGAGCUAAUUACAUUUUUGUAUAUACAAUUUGUUAAAAAAAAUAUAUUUCAGCUGAAUUUUAUUCGAGAGGUUAUCAGAAAAUAUUGACAAUACUCUCUAAACACAACUGAGGUAACAGUCGCUUUGUACACAAGUAACGCUGACGGGAAUUGGUACAGUCAGCGGCAUAUCUACCUAACAUAGCAAAUUCACCGCUACUACCUAUCACAUAGGAUCUAUUAUAAGGUGACUUGAUGUGGUGUUGAUUACCGAUUCUUAUAAAUUAUUUAUACACUGUCGAUGCUUCAAUGACGAUCGAGAAACUAUGGAUAGUCUUAACGGGAAGGCAGGAUUUAAUAACAACUAGGUUUUGCCCGCGGCUUCGCCCGCAUGAAUUUCUCACGGUAUCAAGCAUUUUUCUGGGAUUAAAGGUACCUUUUGUCCUUCUCCGUACUUUAACUACAGGUAGGUAUGCAAAAUUUUAAGAAGACUGGUAAAAUAUCUGAUUGGUAAAAAAUAUACAUAAUAUUUUAAAGUAAAAAUCAAAAUAUUAUCAACUAGGUACUUUUUACUAACGAUCGCCUGCUUCACUAAUCCUCUCUGGAAAUGCUGUUGUUUUGUAUUCAACUGUCUUACAUCGUCGCUUCGUAGGAGGAUUCCAUUGUAUUUGUAAUUGAUCGAUAAAACCGAUUACCUAAAUAUUAAAAUCUAAAAUCAACGUAAAAGUUUUAACAUUUUGAUAAAAAAAUAUAAUCCAAAAUUUUUGAAAGAAUACUGUUUUUAUUGCACAUUAAUUAAAAUAUCUCCGGUGCUGUAUACUUUAUGUGAAUUGGAAAAAUAUUUUUCGAUGCCCAAUAAAUAUUCUAUUUAUUAACUCAAUUUGUAUCUGGAAAAUUCGUGAUCAUUUUAUAUUUCCCAUUAAAGAUAAUUUUUUUUCUCAUAAAUUUUCCUCAGAAACCCCACUAUCUACAGAUAAAAACCGUCAAAAAUCCGUUAGGCAGUUUUUGCAUUUAUCGCCUUCAUAUGGACAGACGGGACAUAGUAACUUACUUUUAUAAUAUGUAAGAAUUUUAUAGUAAAAACACAGUAUCUGGCUUGCGAUGCUUUAUAUUAUAAUUAAUCGAAGCAAGAUUGUUAUAUCAACUAUAUCAACUCUUGUGGUAAGAGUUUUUCGAUCGCAUGAAGCAUUAAGCCUCGUUCGCACUAGCGCUUUUUUCAACGCGCGUAAAAAUAGAUUAGAAUGAAACAAUGUGAACAGGUGGUGUGUCCGUUCGAUGGCAAUGUGUUUUUAUCACGUAUUGAGUGCUGUGCAUUAUAAGGCGGAAAUAAAUACCAGUAGUAUACACACUUGUGUUCUAGCUAAAUGACAAACAAUUUUAUAUAUUAUAAAAUAUGAAGGAGAGGCCGCAGGGAUUUCUAAAUCCUAUGAAGGGGGGUACGAUGGUGGCUGAACAGCAUACGAAUACAGAUUGCUUGUAAGUUUAGCUUUCAAAUGUAAACGCACCAUGCCAACUAGAGCAGCUUGCAAUGUGUAUUUCCGUCUAAUAGACCAGCACACACCAAAUUUUUGAGUAGCAUUUUUGCUGUACGAUUGUUUGGAAUUGUAACGCUUACUUGUGUACACGUGCGUUAAAUUUCCAUACAAUUUUGCUGAUCACGAAAUGGAUACGCAAUCGAUAUGUGUUGAAUGCCGAUUGUCAAUACUUGCACGUGACAAGCUUGAAGUUAUUUAUACGCCCAUGCGAACGAGGAAUUAUAGUUCUUACUUAUCUCAUAAAUAGUCGAGCUUCAUUUCAAUAUUUGGACGAAUAUUUUAUAUUUUACCAUUUGAACAAUUGUAAAUACUAUGUAACGAUAGACAAAUUAUUUCUGUUAUUUAUGCAUUGACGACCUCAGUGGCGAAGUGGUAAAGUGCUUGCCUCUGAACCGAGAGGUCCCGGGUUCGAUCCCCGGUCGGGUCAUGAUGGAAAAUGAUCUUUUUCUGAUUGGCCCGGGUCUUGGAUGUUUAUCUAUAUAUGUAUUUGUUAUACAAUAUAGUAUCGUUGAGUUUAGUAUCCCAUAACACAAGUCUAGAACUUACUUUUUGGCUAGCUCAAUCUGUGUGAUUUGUCCUAAUAUAUUUAUUUUAUUUGUCCUAAUAUAUUUAUUUUAUUUAUAAAUUUAAAACUAUUAGAUUAGUGUACGUUAAACAUUUGAAUAAUGGUUAUUACUUUAAAAGUAUGAACUGUAAUUGCUAAAUGUAAUAUAGAAAAUAUUAACUUAAGUAAGUUUAAGUUGUAUAGUUAUUAAAUUUUGUUUCGUUUAGAUUUUAAAUAAACGAUACGGUUGUGUAAAUAGGUGAAAUGUUAUUUAAGAAAAUAAAUAAAGUUAUCGUCUACAACGUCUUUUUU